AUAGUCUGGUAAAAGAUGCUGGUUGUCGUUGAUUAACACUUGCACUGUAGUCUGUAGUCUUAGGCUCAGUGUAUCGAAAUAGUGCUAAUAAAUCCAAAGAUAUAUAUCAGUAUCAGUGUAUAAACUUUGAGAGAACAGCUUUGAACAUAUCCGGAGAAACAUAACGACAAGUCUAGGAAUAACCAGGUAGCGUUGUGAAAGAAAGGAGUUGUUUUGCUUCCAACCACUUCUUGUUUCUUAAAACUUUCAUUCAACUGCUGAUAAUAUGAACGGUCACGUGCUUUUCCGCGCGCUUCUAAUGGAGACAUUUUUAUUAAUUUCAGGCCGUACAUUUGCUAGUACUUCUGUUGCUGCAUGUGGUUGUGAUCCUAAUUUGGAAAAAAGGAUAGAGACAGUCGAGAUUGUGACUCUCACUUUAAAUUUUAAAAUGAACAAUAUUAAAGCGCGAACAGAGGAGCUGGAAACUAGACUUGAAGUUGAAGCUAGCCAGAAACGACCAAGUAAGCAGGAAGAAGUUAAUGGAGAAAAAGAGCAGGAGAUGAGUGUUUUGCAGAAAAAAAUUGCUACACUAGAAGAAAAUAACAGAUCUUGUUUAAAUGAAUUAAGAACACUAAAGAAACAACUCGAAGAUGUCUCUAAGAAGUUAGAAUAUCAAUCACUAGAUAUAAUGAUGAUCAAAGAUACCUCAAUUUCCCUAAUAAAAUCAGUAGCCGAAUACAUAAAGAAUGAUACAGUUCAUGGACAUCCAGAAGAUUACAAUGAGGAAUCUAAACACGAUGAUAAGAAAGAUGUUCAAACGACGACAAUACCAGAACGUCCUGAACCACAUGAGAAUAAAUGGGACAAAAAAUACUGUGAACUGGUGACCUCUGAUAAAGAUCUACAUGUAUUUUAUCAGGGGAAGCCAGUAAAAAAUGGUCAUCGCGUCAAAGAUGGAGGUGAUAUUAUGUUAUUUUGUCUUCACGGAAAAACAGAAAACCAUCAGCCUGUCGUUAAGAAAUUGAUUUGCCAUAAUGGUCAGUGGAAUAAGAAGAUUCCAUCCUGUCCUUUUGACUCUG